UUUCAGUGUUAAUAAGGAUGUAGGAAACACGUGUUUAAUGACAGGUUAACAAUUAUAAGGAGCUAAAGUAAGUAGGUUGCAGAGCAGUUGACUAACAUUAGUAAAGGCGUUACUGUAUGUAGUUAGACAGUGAAGACAUGAAAUCAUUAACUGCUACUAUUAAACUCGGGUUAUGUCAGGUGCAAGGAGGAUGAUUCAGCGCAGUGCAGUGGAGAAACGCAGCUUAGAAAACAAGUAAUUGCAAGAUACUUGAAAUCAUGAAGCAGCUGCCACCAGACACUGUGCGGCUCUUGACCAGCUCACAAGUCAUCACCUCAGUUGUGAAUGUUGUAAAAGAACUGAUGGAAAAUUCUCUGGAUGCUGGAGCUUCAAGCAUUGACAUUAAACUGGAGAAUUAUGGUUUGGACCGCAUAGAAGUGCGUGACAAUGGCCAUGGAAUCAAAGCGACAGAUACUCCUGUGAUGGCUAUGAAACAUUUUACUUCAAAGAUCUGUAACCAUGACGAUCUGGAACGACUGGAAACCUAUGGCUUUAGAGGAGAAGCACUGGGCUCCAUCUGUGCUGUGGCUGAGGUGGCGGUCACCACAAAGACAGAGGAAGAUGACAUCAGCACCCAAUAUGUGCUCAAUGUUAUAGGGGAGAUCGUUUCUCGCAAACCGUCUCACUUAGGACAAGGUACAACAGUGAGUGUACUGAGGCUUUUCAGGAAUCUUCCAGUGAGAAGACAGUAUUAUUCUACCACAAAAAAAUGCAAGGAGGAACUAAAGAAAGUACAGGACCUUCUCAUGGCUUACGCUAUAAUAAAACCAGAUCUGAGGCUCACGCUCCUUCACAAUAAGGUGGUGGUUUGGCAGAAGGCCAAGGUGGCCGAUCACAGAAGCGCUCUCCUUGCUACCCUGGGGCCCAGUGUUGUUGCCAACCUUCUCCCCUGCAACCAUCACCAGGAGCCACCAGAGAUCUUUUUAGAUGGCUUUUUCCCCAAACCUGGAGCAGAUUACUUAUCAACCAGCUCAUCUGGCCCGGACAAAACAUUUGUAUUCAUCAACAGCCGGCCUGUCCACCACAAAGAUAUAAUGAAGUUAUUACGACAACACUACGCUGCUCAAUAUCCAGAUGGCCCAUGUCGAAACCGCUAUCCAACCCUCAUGCUUAAGGUUUCAGUACCCCCCUCCUCUGUUGAUGUCAACCUGACGCCAGACAAGACACAAGUUCUGCUUCACAACAAGGAGGACGUGCUCACUGCUGUAGAGGCUUUGCUUGUUUCUCUCUAUGCCUCUCAGCCUCGUUGUGAGACUCUGGCUGAGAAGGGGAUCAGUCAUGAGACAUUGCCCUCACCAGCUAGUCCUUUGCAGAUGGAUGCUUCACAGCUUGUCAAUGAGACUAGUGAGGAGCGAGAUCACACUCCUGCCUUCUACAGUGACAACCUCUCCAGACAUGCACCUGAACACAUUGACGCCGCCAUGAGCACUGACGCAUCACUGAAACGCCAGAUCUCAAAUGGCAGUUCUUCAUCUUCUGUAGCAGAGGACUGGGUCAUCAACCACAUCCUAGAGCCUGAAAUGACUCAGAGCUCCACACAGACAAUAGAAAUAGUUUUAGCUGUCAAAUCUCCAGAGAGACCUGAAGAUAAUGCAGUAUUAGCUUCAGACACGAAAAAAGACCAGUUAUUAGCUGAGGACUGGAGUCGGGGGACCGCUUUGACUAGCAGCUCAUCAGGAGAACCUCUGCAGCCUGUUGUCCUCCGUCAACCCCCAAAGCACAGUCAUUCAGAAAUGGACAAAGUCCAUGUCCAAAGCAGCUCAAGUAAGAAGCUGCUUAAUGCUAUAACAGAAAAGCGGGUGUCACUGACAGCCUACGACUUAAUCAGCAACCGCACUACAAGGGCACCGCCAUCUCCCGCUGCCCUGUUCGAGAAGGAGGCCAGAGCUGAGGUCCUUUGGGAGAAGCCCACAGCCAGUCUGCAGGAUAUUAGUGUCGCUGUUCACGAGAGGUGGAAAAAUCUGGGGGAGGAGGACCGUAAGAAGUAUGAGGAUAAGGCGAAAAAACACCAGGAACACCACGACCAAAGAACCAAGAACCCCAGAGAGCCCACCGUGAGCCAUAUGCAGGGUCAGAAACGUAAGGCUCCACUGUCCAACCAGCAGCUGCUGGAUGAACUCUUUGCUGCAAAGCCACAGAAGAAGCCGAAGAGUCCUGCACCCAAGCGUUUACAGCCACUCCCCUGCAGCGUGGCUACCCUUCGGCUGCAGCUUCAGCGCCUCUCGUCCCAGAGCAGCACAGUGCAGAGGGGCCUCCGCCUCAUAAACCGACUGGCCUUUCAGAACGCCUGGGUUGUUUUAUGUGGUCAGAGGCUUAUGUUGUUAAAUCCAUUUCGAGUGGAGGAAGCCUUGUUGUUUAAGAGACUUCUGCAAAAUAAUAUACUCCCAGCAGUGUCACUGCAGAACCCUCUACAGUUGACAGAUGGGGUCCUAGGGGGGACUGAGUAUGCUGAUGCUCUGUGCAGCAUGGAGAAACAAAGCCCUGAGCCCAACGGACAGGUCCUCUUCUCUGAUCCCAGACUCGUCGCUAAUGGCUUUAAGAUCAGACUGGUUCCAGGCCCCAUGUCAGCCGAGAGACAUCUGGAAGUGACAGCAAUGGCCGAGUGUGUGCCUUUCCUCGGCGUAGAGGACCUCAGGGAGAUCCUGACUGCAGUUCUUCACAGGAAGGCAAGGACCGUGCAGGAGUGCCGGCCUCUAAAAGUCACUAACUACCUGCAAGGCGAAGUAGUAAGACUUGCCCGCCAGCUGCCUACAAACGCAUCCAGGAGAGAUGUAGAGGAAAGCCUUGUACGGAUGCAGCAGCAGCUGGGAGAAAACAGCCGGAGCUGUAUCCAUGGACGGCCGUUUCUUCAACACCUAUGUGACAUUCCUUCUACAGACCAGGAGGCAAAGACAUCAAUGGGGCCUUUAGAGCUUUAAAAGCUGAUGCUUGUCUGUAAAACAGUAAAAUCUCAUUGUAAUCCACCUGAUAAUCCUUUAUAUAAGAUACCUGACUGUGUCCUAUUGUACCACAAAAAAAUAAAGAUCUUUUUUUCCUAUG